UGAGGCGGUUUGUGCAUGGCCACGCCCCGGCUUUGAUGCAUCGACUCCGCCGCGCUUCCUGCAGCCACCUCGCAGUCCGCGCAGGCCAUCAGCUCGGCAGCACGUCCCAGCGCAACAGUGUGACGAUCAGCAGAGAUCAUGAACCUCAGUCUUCCGGACCAGAACAUGCACGGCUCAAGCGAAGGCUGCCUAGAGGACGACAAACCUGAGCUAAUGCUGCCCUGCUUCCGUAGAAACAUGUAUGAAGAGCCACUGGCCUCCUACUCGAACGGCUCCAUUAUCUCUCAGCUCCUCCGCAAGACGAUUCACAACAAACGGCCGCUGGACGAGAACCAUUUCUACCUCUCUGGCUCCGUGGCCGCUGCUGACUCGGGCCAAGAGGACCAGAGCAGCGUCUCCUCGAAGGACAGCACGGUGGAGGCCGCCUCCCCGAGUGAUCGCGUCUCCACCGGAGCCAGCCCGGAAGGAGAGCAUCCCUUGGCCGAUCACCUGCAGGCCAAGCGAGCCAGAGUGGAGAACAUCAUCAGGGUCAUGGCCGGCUCUCCCAACAGCAGGCAGUACUGUGACGGGGAGAGGUCCGACGCGGACGCGCGAGAAACGAGGGAGGCCAGAGAAUCGUACAGGGAGAACAAACGUAAGCAGAGGUUGCCCCAGCAUCAGGAGCACGGCACCGCGGGGUGGCAGAUGAACAAGAAACCUGGCGGCAGCAGCAGCAGCGGCGGCGAUAACUGCAGCACCAAGGAGGAGGAAUGCAACAAGUUGAAGGAGCAGCUGCACAGCAUGCAAAGGCUUCUGCGUCAACUGCAGGAGAAGUUUCUGCAGGUUUACAGCCAGGAAGACCCGGAAUAUGAGGCUGGAGAUGCAGCAGGACUCGACUCUGAGCAUGACGUCCUGGGAGAAAGCACAGACGCGUGCUACUUAAGCCCCGACGAGCAUUUUGAGACCAGCAGUAGCGCGGCAACGGCGAAUUGUAAGGACAGAAUCAAUCCGGCUGAUUACCUGCUCCACCAAAGAGAAAGUCAGAACCUGCAGGCAACCCUGAAGCAGGAGCUCUCCAAAGCCGUUAGCGACUGCAUCGACAGGGUUUUCAGGAGGGUGUCCCCCACAGACAUGGACAUGUCCCCCCAGCAGCGUGUGUGCUCUUCGCCAGAGAUGCAGAUCGGCCUGGGCGCAGACGCGGAGAGCACGCCCGCCGAUCACCCCCAAGCCGAAGACAUGCCUGCAAAAAGCGGACCGUCAGAGUACUGCGAAGGCUCCAAGGCUCAGACCUCACAGGACCAGACAGAAGCACUUUCACUGGUUGUUCGUAAGCCCCCAGUCACCCAAGUGGGCUCAGUCACUCCAGCGGUGAAAAGGCCUUACCCCGUGCACCAGGCGCCUUUCCAGUUCAGCUACAACCCCCCUCUCCACGAGAGCCACAUCCUGGAGCACCUCCUCAAGUACGGACCCCACUCCAACUUUGGGGCUCUCCCCUGCAUGCCCCCCUCCAUGGACAGGACCUCUCCGGACUCGGUGGACCUGUCCUGGGACGCCAUGGCCAUGAGAUCCAAGGUGACGUCCAGUCACUUCGGGCACCACCACCAUCGGCCCUCCUCCAUGGGGGCGGUGGCAGUCGAUGGCCUGUGUCUGCCCCAUGUCAAGAUGGAGGGCGGCGAACUGCAGAGCCUGGCCGAACGGAACCCCUACAUGUCUCUCAAUAUCCAGGAAGGCCUCACUCCGAGUCAUCUGAAGAAGGCGAAGCUCAUGUUCUUCUACACCCGCUACCCUAGCUCCAACGUGCUGAAAACCUUCUUCCCUGAUGUCAAGGUAAAAUGCUUACAAUUCAAUCGCUGCAUCACCUCUCAGCUGAUCAAGUGGUUCAGCAACUUCAGGGAGUUCUACUACAUUCAGAUGGAGAAGUUCGCACGGCAGGCCAUCGCCGAGGGCGUCCGCGACGUCAAAGACAUCACAGUCAGCAGGGACUCUGAGCUCUUCCGGGCGCUGAACAUGCACUACAACAAAGCCAACGAUUUUCACGUUCCCGACAGGUUCCUGGAGGUCGCUGAAAUCACCCUGCAUGAGUUUUACAACGCCAUCUCUUCUGCCAAAGAUUCGGACUCCUCUUGGAAAAAGGCCAUUUACAAGGUGAUCUGUAAGCUGGACAGCGAAAUCCCAGAGGAGUUCAAGACAUCCUCCUACUUAUAGAGUUGUGUUUCGGAAAACUGUACAGAUGAAUAAGUUUGUGAUUUGUCAUUUGGCAGCAUUAGUUCAGUUUUUUUGUAGUGUCAUUUAGUGAGGUGAAAUAUGCGCAGAUUAAAAGAGAUUUUAGAAGAAAAGGAUCCCCAAUGUGAAAUUUUAUGCUCUGCUUUGUUAAAGUUAGACAUUAAAAUAGAUGUUUGCUUUCUUUUUUUGUUGAUGGUUUGUGUGUUCGUAGCUGUGUAAAAAAAAAAAAAAAAUGGUGCAAAGAUGUAAUCAUUCAUUAUGUAGUUUUUCACCACUCAGUUUGGAUAAUAGUUCGGUUUCAAUUUUAUUCCAAAGCUCUGUAUCUUAUGCCAAGAUACACGCACUGCUGUUAUUCUGUUGCAUAAUUUAUUAAUGUUCUGUCUGCACAUUAUUAGCCCGUCUGUUUAGUGCUAUAUUGAUUGAAUGCAAAAUAUGUGUGAAGGUAAAACUUGUAUCUUGUAAAGAACAAUCAUAUUUCACAAACAGGAUGAUUACUGCAAUUAAAGAUGCACUAAAUUAUAAACCAAAA